AUUGUAGUUACUUCUUCGGUUACCUAUUGCACACCCCCAGAGUCACUUCUUAUUUCGCGCUUUGAGGUCGCCUACUUUCCAUCAAACCAAUCGGUCUCUUUCAACAUUUCCGCUGCCAGCGUCCAAGCGAACCUCAAUGUCACUGCCAAUCUUUUCCUCAACGUGUAUGGAAUGAAUCCCGUCAAUGUAACCAUUGAGCUCUGCAACAUUCUUGACGGAGCCCUUUGCCCCCUCCCCGCUUACAAUUUCACGGGUGCCGAUUCCCUUAAACUUCCUAGCACGCUAGGCGUGGCCUCGAUGAUACCAGGCAUUGCUUUCAAGAUUCCUGACCUAGAAGGAUUUGCGCAGCUAACCUUGAGAGAUAUCCAUACCGGUGCUCUGAAGGCCUGUGUUCAGGCAACCCUCUCCAAUGGAUGGUCUGCUCACCAGACUGUCGUCGAAUGGACAACAGGCGGAAUUGCGAUUGCCGCCUUGGUAUUGGCGCUUUUGUUGUCUCUACUGUUCACCGACGCGUUGGCUCCAUUCCGCUUGCUUGAGCUGAUAUAUCUCUAUCAGACCAUUGCAAGCAGCGCUCUCCUCAAUCUCAACUACCCUUCCGUGUACACUUCAUUUGCUCUUAAUUUUUCCUGGGCCCUAGGUCUCUUCUCGUCGACCAGCAUCCAGAACUCUAUCGACCAGAUGCGCCACCUCACGGGGGGCAAACUUGCUGAUGCAAGUGCUGGACCCGCUGUUGGACUGGUAAAUCGGAAGAUCAGCCCUUACAACUUCCAAUCCAUUUUUUCUCCAUCGCUUUCUGCUUUGGACCUCUCCAGUAACUUCUUUGUUUCUGGCACAGAUUCAUCAGGGUUGAACGCCGCCAGUCUUAUCAAACGCGAUACCAUACAGGGCGAAGUACAAACAGUCACAGCGCAGUCAUCGAACGUCUUGCAAGCCGGCAUUCCGAUCUACGUGAACUUGAUUCAUAUCGCAACGGCCAACGCGUUUAUGACGAUUUUCUUCUGCACCCUGAUAAUGUUUGCAAUUGGCUUCGCAGUUGCCAUUCUUGGGUACGGCCUUCUUUUGGCCCUGCGACACAUCAGGAGAAAGAAGGACCGACACGCGAACCUGAAGCACGACUACCCAUCCUUCGUGAAGUCCUGGUUUCUGCGUAUGGGAUUGGUUGCCUCACUUCCUCUUCUCAUCUUCAUCUUCUACCAAUGGACCCUGAAGGAUUCAUGGCUAUCGAUACUAAUUUCGGUAAUCACACUCUUGGCCAUCGUGGGUCUGAUUGCGUACCCCAUCUUCCUUACACUUCGUCAUGCUCGACGUGAUUCUGCCUACGGGCUGUACACGCCUGGAGAGGCACACAUAAACUCAUACGGCGUCUUUUAUGCGCGAUACCGCCCGCAGCGAUAUUAUUUCUUUCUCGUCUUUCUGGCUGCCACCAUUCUUAGAGCUCUCUUUAUCGCUUUUGCCAGGUAUCGUGCAGAGGUCCAAAUCGCACUCUUGCUGGUCGUCGAAUUGGGCCUGGUUGCAGCACAUGUGACCUUAAAACCGUUCAAAAACAAGGGAGGGGACGUCUUUUCGACGUUCCUGGCAAUCAUUCGACUAGUGUGUACGGGGAUGAUGAUUGCGUUUCUUGAGAGCUUGCAGGUCAAGGCCAUUCCGCGAGUCGUCAUUGGGAUCGUCAUUGCCAUCAUCUUCUCCGUGUCCGUCCUUAUCGUCAUCUUCAACCUCAUCGUUCACUCUGGCCUCCUUUUGCUGUGG